AUGGACGGAGCUCCUAGAGGUCGUGGCGCGAGAGGGCGCGGUGCUAGAGGUCGUGGCGGCAGAGUUGGCCGUGGCGGCAGAGCUGGUGGUAGAGCUGGAGGCCGAGCAGGCCGAGGUCGUGGUCGUGGACUUCCGGAGGAGUCGGGAGAGAGUGCGGCACCGAGUGUGCAUACUGCGUCGGUGACCCAGUCAGUUCCGUUGGCGGGUGAUGCCAGUGCGAGUGUUGGUAUGGGAGCGGGGGCUGCUCCGGGUGGGGGUGGCGCUCCGGCUCCGGGUCAUGAUGACUUAGUGGUGGGGUUGCUGACGCAGCUGUUGGCUCGUUUUCCGCCGGUGGUUCCACAGGGGGCUCCAGGAGUACCGCCAGUGGCAGAGGUGCAGCAUGUUGCUGCAGAGGUUGCGCAGCCGGAGGCUGUGGAUGCGGAGGAGGCAGACGCGUGGCGUCAGAGAGUGGAGCGGAACUUUCAUUCGAUCCGUUGUCCGAUGGAGUACUGGGUGGAGUUAGCGGUCCACUAUUUGAGUGGCGAUGCUCAUUUGUGGUGGCAGGCCGCGGUGGGCCGGAGGGCAUUUUGGACUUGGGGCGACUUCCUUGUGGAGUUCAACGCCAAGUAUUUCCCGAGGCAGGCUCGUGAUCGUCUUCAGAUGCGGUUUAUGGGCAUUGAGCAGGGUUCGCGUUCUGUACGCGAGUAUGAUGAGGAGUUCAGCCGUCUAGUUGGCCGCGUCGGUGAGGCGGAUCUUGGUGGGCCAGUUGGUCCGGUGGCUGUGCCGUCAGCAGUUGCUUCUGCUACCCAGCCUCGGGGUCAGCAUCAGCAGCCGCGACAGCAGCAGCAGCGCAGAGGUGGUUCGAGUUUCAGUUCUGGUUCUGGCAGGGGCGGUUUGCCUGCGCAGGGUCAGAAGAGGAGUAGAGAGGAGUUUUCUGGUGCUAGUCAGUUUCCUCGUGGUUCGUGUUUUGGGUGUGGGAGCACGGAGCAUCGUGUUUCGAGUUGUCCCAAGAGGGAGUCAGCACCGAGGGUGUGCUACUACUGCAAGGAGCCUGGGCAUAUCAAGCCCAUGUGUCCUAAGUUGCGGAGUAUGUCGGUGGCUUCGGUUCAGCCAGUAGCGGCUCAGCCAGUGAGUCAGAUCGCAGCAGUGCAGCCGUUGGGUCAGAUUGCACCGGCGCCGCGGGGUUACUCUUCAGUGGAGACUGGCGGGACUAGUCAGACCGGGCAGAUCACAGGGACCUUGUUAGUGGGCGGUUUUGAGUCCCACGUUUUAUUCGACUCUGGAGCAUCGAAUUGCUUCAUUACACCGGAGCGUGCCGAGAAGAGUGGCAUCCGGAGUAGCGCGGGCGAGAGCGCGGGCAUGGUCAAGGUGGCGGGAGGUGGAUUCUUGUCUACUUUGGGCCGUGCUAGAGGAGUCGAGAUCGAGAUUGCGGGGCAGUCAAUGCCAGCAGACUUAGUCAUCAGUCCGGUGGAGCUGUAUGACGUUAUUCUCGGGAUGGACUGGUUGUCACACUACAGAGUUCAUCUGGAUUGCUACAGAGGUAGAGUGGUCUUCGAGCGAGAUGCAGGGAGGUUGGUUUAUCAGGGAGUGAGACCGACUUCCGGGAGUAUUGUGAUAUCUGCUAUUCAGGCCGAGCAGUUGUUAGAGCGGGGCUGUGAGGCGUAUCUGGCGACGAUUUCUAUGUCUGAGUCAGGAGCUGGAGUUGUUAUGGGAGAUAUUGAGGUUGUCCAGGAUUUUGAGGAUGUCUUUCAGUCACUGAAGGGAUUACCACCAUCUCGGUCUGAUCCUUUCACGAUUGAGUUAGAGCCGGGGACAGCACCGAUAUCGAAGACGCCUUACAGGAUGGCGCCAGCUGAGUUGGCAGAGCUGAAGAAGCAGAUAGAGGACCUUUUGUCUAAGGGGUUCAUUCGACCGAGUGUUUCACCGUGGGGAGCACCGGUGUUGUUUGUGAAGAAGAAGGAUGGAGUUUCAGACUUUGUAUCGAUUACAGAGAUCCCGAUAGAUGAGGCAGAUGUCAGGAAGACUGCUUUCAGGACGCGUUAUGGGCAUUUUGAGUUUGUGGUUAUGCCUUUCGGUUUGACUAACGCGCCGGCAGCCUUCAUGAGAUUGAUGAACGACGUGUUCAGGGAGUAUUUGGACGUGUUUGUCAUCAUUUUCAUUGACGAUAUUCUGGUAUACUCGAGGAGUCAGGAGGAGCAUGCGACUCACUUGAGGUUGGUUCUGGAGAAGCUUCGGGAGCAGAAGCUUUUUGCUAAGUUGAGCAAGUGCAGUUUCUGGCAGCGAGAGAUGGGAUUUCUUGGCCACAUUGUUUCUGCAGAGGGAGUUUCUGUGGAUCCGGCUAAGAUUGAGGCUAUCAGAGAUUGGCCUAGACCUAGUAGUGCCACCGAGAUCAGGAGUUUUCUGGGUUUGGCAGGAUACUACAGGAGGUUCGUCAAGGGGUUUGCUACCAUGGCGCAGCCGAUGACGAAGUUGACUGGGAAGGAUGUCCCGUUUGUUUGGUCAGCUGAGUGUGAGGAGAGCUUUAGUCAGCUCAAGGAGAUGUUGACUACUACACCAGUGUUGGCGUUACCCGAGCCAGGGAAGCCUUACAUGGUGUAUACAGAUGCUUCAGGCAUUGGUCUUGGUUGUGUGCUGAUGCAGGAGGGCAGAGUGAUAGCAUAUGCUUCGAGACAGUGGCAGGGCAGUGAGCGUAACCGUCCUACACAUGACUUAGAGUUGGGAGCAGUGAUCUUCGCGUUGAAGAUUUGGAGGUCUUACUUGCUAGGUGAGACAGUACAGGUCUUCACGGAUCACAAGAGUUUGCAGCAUAUCUUCACUCAGCCGAUGAUGAACGCGAGACAGACGCGCUGGGUUGAGUUCUUGGCGGACUAUCAGGUGAGCAUUAACUACCAUCCGGGCAAGGCUAACCUAGUGGCGGACGCGUUGAGUAGACGGAGGUAUGAUUCCGCAGUUGAGCGAGAUGUGGAGUCUCUAGUUGGCGAGAUCAGUACCUUGCGUUUGUGUGCCAUUUCGCAGGAGCCUUUGGGUUUAGAGGCAGUGGAUCAGGCGGAUCUACUUAGCAGGAUCAGAGUUGCUCAGCAGAGUGAUCAGAGUUUGCUAGAUGCGACGAGAGUGACUGGUUCUGAGUAUGAGGUCUCUGCGAAUGGGACUAUCUUGGUUCGUGGGCGAGUUUGUGUGCCUAAGGAUGUGGAGUUGAGACAUCAGAUUUUGGGAGAGGCUCAUGCGAGCAAGUUUUCCAUUCAUCCGGGAGCGACCAAGAUGUACCAUGACCUCAAGAGGUACUAUCAUUGGGUCGGGAUGAAGAGGGAUGUAGCAGACUGGGUUGCGAAGUGCAACACUUGUGCCUUGGUGAAGGCAGAGCAUCAGGUUCCGGGUGGUCUUUUGCAGAGUUUACCCAUUCCAGAGUGGAAGUGGGACAGGAUUACGAUGGAUUUCGUGGUUGGACUACCUGUUUCGAGGACUUUCGAUGCUAUUGGGAAGUUUGUGCGAGAGAUUGUGAGGCUGCAUGGAGUGCCAGCUAGUAUUGUGUCAGACCGUGAUCCCAGAUUCACUUCAGAGUUUUGGAGAGCGUUUCAGGCAGAGAUGGGCACUAAGGUGCAUUGA